GGGUAACUAAGGGGUCUACGCUUGGGUUCUCGGAUACGGUUCCCCCUAUACGGGGCCUGUGAGAUGGUGUGGUCCCUCACUGGUCUUUGUAGGUACCACCUUGCAGUUUGUAUUCCGGCACCCAGCGACCUCUCCAGGUGUCCAUGUUGUCUCGGCAUGUAACGGCUGCCUGUCUCUGCCUGUCUACCCGAAGCCUUCUGCACCCUUAGAGCCGACUCCUCCUUGAAAGCAAGAUGCCAGAGCAAAGCAACGACUACCGGGUGGUCGUCUUCGGGGCGGCGGGAGUUGGCAAAAGUUCCCUGGUCCUACGUUUCGUCCGGGGAACUUUUCGAGAAACCUACAUCCCCACCAUAGAAGAUACCUACAGGCAGGUGAUCAGCUGCGAUAAGAACAUCUGCACUCUACAGAUCACAGACACCACCGGGAGCCACCAGUUCCCCGCCAUGCAGCGGCUGUCCAUCUCAAAGGGUCACGCUUUCAUCUUGGUCUACUCAGUCACCAGCAAACAGUCCAUGGAGGAGCUAAAGCCCAUCUACGACCAGAUCUGUCAGAUCAAAGGGGACACGCAGAACAUUCCCAUCAUGUUGGUCGGCAACAAGAGCGACGAGUCUCUGAGGGAGGUCCAGGCCUCCGAAGGGGACAGCCUGGCCAACAAGUGGAAGUGUUCCUUCAUGGAGACCUCCGCCAAACUCAACUACAACGUCCAGGAGUUGUUCCAAGAACUUUUAAACUUGGAGAAGCGGAGAGCCGUGAGCCUUCAGGUGGCCGGAAAGAAGUCCCGGCAGCAGAAAAAGAAAGAGAAGCUGAAAGGGAAAUGUUCUAUAAUGUGAGGAGUCCUCCUACUGGGGGCAUAUGAAGACUUUCUCGGACACUAAAAUACAAAGGGGUUCCCUUUUAGGUUGGACUGCUCUGGCGGGAAAGUGGUGCCAAGACUUUACGGCAUCGUCGCGGUUACUACAGCAACAGUGCGUUUUUAUUUUGUUUUUCAGCGGUGCCCCGCAUGUUCUUCACGCUUUGGUGGGGAGAUUAAUCAAAACCGGUAUAGAGGGGGGGGAAGUGGAGCCAUUGCCCAUAGCAACCAAUCAGAUCCCUUCUUUCAUUUUUCAAAGGCCUUUCUUUUUAAAAAUGAAAGUAGUAAUCUGGUUGCUAUGGGCAACUGCUCUGCCUCUGUACAGGUUGUGAUAGAUCUUCCCCCUUUGUUCUUUCUGAAGUGAAUUUUUGUUUUCCCAUCCGACCACGAGCUCGGUCGUGGCGGCGAAGGGUUACGGCCGCGACAGUAUCCGCGACGGGAGGUUUGUUGGGGGACGACUGACAGCAGACUACACAGGAGGACAGUAUUUUGUGUAACUCUUGCAUGCCGGGGCGACUAUGGAAGGGAUAUGAUAUGAUAUGGAACUGAUAUGCCGCUGUAAAUUAAAAUUGUAUUCAUGCGUUCAGCUUUUUGUGUUUUUUUAUUUAUUUUUUUCCCAGUGUUUUUAUGUGUUGCAUAUUGUCCUUAAAGCGACAACCAAAAUGAUUGUGAGAUAAGCAGCAUCCAAAAGGGUUUAAACCAGUGUUCCCCAACCAGGGUGCCCCCAGCUGUUGCAAAACUACAACCCUGAAGGUAACUGCACUGUAAUCACUUAUAUGGCCGGCAGAGUCUGUGUAGUGAAGGUAACUGCACUGUAAUCACUUAUAUGGCCAGCAGAGCCUGUGUAGUGCUUCCACCAUAUGAGCACUGUAUGAAAGUUGUUUGUAUUCAGUAAUAGUAUUGCGGUAUUAUUUGGUAUAAGUCUAUAGCAGUGGUCUUCAACCUGCGGACCUCCAGAUGUGGCAAAACU